AGAGAGAUACCUCAAUGCUCUAAGCAUAAAUAAACGGAAAUAAAGAAAAAGGAGCUAUAAAUCUUCUUUCUGAUAUCCGAUGUUCUGAGGUUGUUCGCAACUUUGAUUUAUCGAACAUUAGCUCCAAUCCGCUAAAAAUGACAUCAAUGGUUGCUAAGGCUUGCAGUAGUAGUAGCUGUCAAGUGUCUGCUUCAGUUUCUUUCCAAGAAAAGGGAAGUAGGAAUAAGAGGAAAUUUCGGGCUGAUCCACCUGUAGACGACCAAAAUAACAUUGUAACUUCACCUCAAAUUGAAUGCCCAAGUUACGAAUUUUCAACAGAGAAAUUUGAAAUCACCACGGAUCAUGGGCAACCCAGUGCUUGUGACCACUGUAGUGUUAACCAGAACCAUUCUGAUGGGUUAAAACUUGAUCUUGGAUUGUCUAGUGCUAUAGGCUCAUUUGAGGUCGGGCCUAGCCGUCCUAGAGAAGAAAUAGAGGCAGACGAAUUCCAAGAUGCUGAUUGGAGUGAUCUUACAGAAGCUCAGCUUGAAGAACUAGUUUUAGGCAAUUUAGAUGCCAUUUUCAAGAGUGCAAUUAAAAAAAUUGUUGCUUAUGAUUACACAGAAGAAGUUGCUACUAAGGCUGUCCUAAGGUCUGGCCUUUGUUAUGGGUGCAAAGAUACGGUAACAAAUAUAGUGGACAAUGCUUUGGCAUUUCUUAGAAGUGGCCAAGAGAUCGAUCCCUCAAGAGAACACUAUUUUGUGGAUUUACAACAGCUGGAAAAGUAUGUGCUGGCAGAACUGGUUUGUGUUCUUCGAGAAGUUAGGCCUUUCUUCAGCACUGGGGAUGCAAUGUGGUGCUUGUUGAUUUGUGAUAUGAAUGUGUCACAUGCUUGUGCAAUGGAUGGAGACCACUUGAGUAGUUUUGUGUGUGAUGGGUCCUCAAGUAGUUCCCAUAAUUCCUCUCAACCCCAGCUUAAAACAGAAACCAAAAGCUUGGAAUUGAAUCUUCCAAGUCCUCUAAAACCAUUUACUUGUUCUCAUACUACCGAAUCCAACGUACCCACUGUGGCAGGUGUUCCCAAUAUUGCAAAACCAAAGAGUUCCCUUGUUCUCAAUGGGCUGGUGUCAGAAAAUGAGGGCACAACUACAACAUCCAAUACCGUUGAUAAAUCCUUUGAUGUGUCAGAAACAUGUCAAUCUCCUGCAGUGGAAGAAAAGUUUGGGGGAAGUAGAAAGGUGCAUUCUGGUGGUACCAAGAGGGAAUACAUGCUCCGACAGAAGCCACAUCAUGCAGAGAAACAUUACCGUACAUAUGGAUCUAAAGGGUCUUCAAGAGGAGGGAAGCUGAGCGGUUUUGGUGGUUUAAUCUUGGAUAAAAAAUUGAAAUCUCUGGCUGACUCUACCACUGCUAAUCUUAAAAAUGCUUCCUUAAAGAUAAGUAAACCUAUGGGGGUUGAUGUGCCUCUAGACAAUGGUAUCCAUAGCCUCUCAACCAACUCUAGACCCUCUUCCUCAGUAGCUUCUAACCUGGAAAGUGAUAAUACCAUUUCUGCACUGUCUGAGACCAAUACCUUAACUGAAUCACCUGCAAUUAAUUCUUUGCCUGCAUUGCCUCCGGUUAAUAAACCGCCUUCAUUAUCAGCUACUGAUGCUGAGCUUUCUCUUUUGUUUCCUCCAAAGAGCAACUCUGCUUUGGUGCCCGUCAGCUGUAAUGCUGAGCCACCUAAUUGUAGUUAUGCUGGCAUUCCAUAUGACAAGUCUCUGGGGCAGUGGAUUCCUCGGGACAGGAAGGAUGAGAUGAUUUUGAAACUGGUUCCAAGGGUUCGGGAACUGCAAAAUCAGCUCCAGGAGUGGACAGAAUGGGCAAAUCAGAAAGUUAUGCAGGCUGCUCAUAGGCUUGGUAAAGACAAGGCUGAACUUAAGACACUGAGGCAGGAAAAAGAAGAAGUAGAACGGCUGAAGAAAGAGAAGCAGGCUCUGGAGGAAAACACUAUGAAGAAGCUAUCUGAGAUGGAGAAUGCUUUGGGCAAGGCUAGUGGGCAGGUUGAGCGAGCCAACACUGCUGUCCGAAAGCUUGAGGUGGAGAAUGCUGAUCUGAGGAAAGAGAUGGAAGCAGCUAAAUUCCGUGCUGCAGAGUCAGAUGCAAGCUGUCAGGAGGUAUCAAAGAGGGAGAAGAAGACACUAAUGAAAUUUCAGACAUGGGAGAAGCAAAAAACCGUGUUUCAAGAGGAACUCAUGACAGAAAAACGCAAAGUAAAACAGCUGCUACAGGAAUUGGAGCAAGCUAAAGAUCUCGAGGAGCAAUCUGAGGAUAGGUGGAAACAGGAGGAGAAAGCAAAGGAAGGACUACUUAUGCAAGCCAGUUCCAUAAGAAAAGAGAGAGAAGAAAUUGAGGCUUUGGCAAAAUCGAAGGAGAAUAUGAUUAAAUCCAACGCGGAAAAAAAUCUGCAGAAGUACAAAGACGAUAUUCAUAAGCUUGAAAAAGAAAUCUCCCAAUUGAGACUGAAAACUGAUUCUUCAAAAAUUGCUGCACUCAAGAGAGGCAUUGAUGGAGGAGCCAACAGAUUUAUGGACUUGAAAAAUAGUCCAGAUCGCAAGGAGUCCUGGCCCCCUUGCAUCUCAGAAAUGGUAGGUGAUUUUCAGAACUACUCUGGGACAGGUGUGAAACGUGAACGGGAGUGCGUGAUGUGCCUUUCAGAGGAGAUGUCCGUGGUUUUUCUCCCAUGUGCUCAUCAGGUGGUAUGCACAACAUGCAAUGAGCUCCAUGAGAAACAGGGGAUGAAGGAUUGCCCUUCUUGUAGGAGCCCCAUACAGCGGCGAAUUUCUGUUCGUUAUGCUCAUUCUUAAUUUUUUUUUCAGAAUCUGAGUUGAGUGUGCUGAAUAAAGAUUGUGGGACUCCUUUGAAAUGAAUAAUUCAUUUGAACGACCCCCUUUUAAUAGUUGAGAAAAUCAAGUUACCUUA